CGCAGGUCAGGCCGACGGGAGCUCCGCUGGAUGAGCGCUUUUCUGCCGGACCCGGCGGGAUCCGUUUCUGGUGCACGCAGAGGAGACGCGGUGUGUUUCACCGUCCACGGCUGAGUGGGAGCCUUUUCGAGACGAUGCAGUGAGAAGGGCACCACCGGCGCCUGGCUUGUCUUCGUUCGAGGCUGCGGUAGUAAAGCGGAGGGACUGCGGCACCGGGAGUCCGUCGCCGUCGCUCUCGCCGUCUCGUCCGUCCGCCCCCCCCCCCCCCCAUCUGCGGAACCGCCGGCAGCCACGGUGAACCUCCGCCACAGCGCUGGGCGAAAAUAAAUGAUGGCCACCUUACUGCGGAAGAUCGGUCUGAUUCGCCUGCACGACCGAGACACCGAGGACCCCAAGCAUCACCAGGGCUCGCUCAAAGGCACGAAGGGCAACCAGAAGAACAACGCCAAGCACUGCCAGACCACCAACGACACCAACAUCCUGAGCACGCCCGAGAUCAAAGCGAAGAAGCUGGACCAGCACAGCAAGGACAAGCCGCCCGGCAAGGAUAAGCAGCAGGGCAGGGAUGCCAAGGAGAAACAGCAGACGGCAGGAGGGGUGAUCGGGGGUAAAGCCACCAGUGCCUCGAUACCACCGCUAGCGCCUCACCGGCAACACUGCACCCAGGUCCGGACGCGGAGGCUCAUGAAGGAGCUGCAGGAGAUCCGGCGGUUAGGCGACAACUUCAUCACGGUAGAGCUGGUCGACGACAACCUCUUCGACUGGAAUGUCAAAUUGCACCAGGUGGACAAAGACUCGGCGCUAUGGCAGGACAUGAAGGAGACGAACACCGAGUUCAUAUUGCUGAAUGUCACUUUCCCCGACAAUUUCCCCUUCUCCCCGCCUUUCAUGCGGGUGCUGACCCCCCGGUUGGAGAACGGCUACGUGUUGGACGGCGGGGCCAUAUGCAUGGAGCUGUUAACGCCGCGCGGGUGGUCCAGCGCCUACACGGUGGAAGCCGUAAUGAGGCAAUUUGCGGCGAGCCUCGUGAAAGGACAGGGGCGCAUUUGCAGGAAAGCAGGGAAGUCGAAGAAGGCCUUCAGCCGUAAGGAGGCGGAGGCCACCUUCAAAUCCCUGGUGAAGACCCACGAGAAGUACGGCUGGGUGUCCCCUCCCGUCUCCGAUGGCUGAGGCCCCGCCCGCGCGGCGGCCCCCCCGCCCGCCGGGAUGCGCGCUAGCCGGACAAACCCCCAGCUAGCCACGCCACGCAAAACGACACACCACGCUACACCAACUUCUCCACACUCCCCCCCCCUUCACAACGCUUCACUCGAGGGGUCCUUUAGUGGUUUUGGGUUUUUUUUUUUUUUUUUACCAUCCUUCGCGUCCCAUCAUUUCUCAUCUCACCGGAAAAAACUCUGCGAGAGUGGACACUCAUCACCACCACCCUCACUCGUCCUUCAACAGGCGAUACGCUUUCUCCUCCGUUUCCCUCCUUCCCUCGCUCUUCCUUCCCAAAGAGAUCCACCGCCACCGCCCCCUCUCUCUUCCCAGGGUGGAAAUCCUCAUUAGGAGUCGUGGAGGUUUGAGAGGUUGUCAACUGUGAGACUCACCCACCGGGGACAGCAGAAGGGAGCGCGUGCAUCGGGAUUGUACAUUGCGUUUCUUUUCUUUUCUUUUGUCGACUGCACCGCGAAACGCACGCGACGCGCAAAAAGGGACGAACCGAGGCCGCGUGGCCUCCCGACCCAUGUGAUAGACUAACUAAAUGAAGGCGACCCCCCCUCCACCGCCCCACACCACCCACCCUGCUGCUUCUCUGUCCCAGCCUUUCCACCAUAUGACCUCCCCCCAUCCCUCUCACCGUUCUUCCCCUCUCCCCCUCUCUCUGGCUCUCCCUCUAUACUGACGACAUAGCACUGAGCUGGCAUUACUUUCCAUUUACUUUUUCCGCGUCUGUCGGGUCAUUUACAUAUAAAUGAAGCUGUUCAUGUUUAAUAGAGGGGCAGCGCACCAGUGCUUAGACUCCACUCAUUCACUCUUUCUUUCCCCUUCCUUUUCGCCUGUGCUGCUGUUCACAGUUCAGUGCAACAUGAUGAUUGUAAUUUAUGUGGAGCUGUGCUCUCUGCAGCUCGCUCACUUUGUUCCUCGCGCUCAUUUCUCUCACCCUCUCUCUCCCUCCCUCCCUCUCUCUCUCUCUCCCUCCCUCCUCCCUCUCUCUCGGCUAAAUUUAGAGCUCGCUGUUGCAUGGAUGGAUAUUGAUUUCAAAUGGAGGGGGGGUGAUCUUAUGUUGCUUUAUGCAGAGACCCUGUAUGACGAUGAACAGAGUGACGGUUAAUCACCUGUCUUUCUUUUUGUCUCUGUCUGUCUCUGGCUGUCUCUCUCUCUCUCUCGCUCUCUCUCUCUCUUUCCUCAUAUUAUCAUAUAUGUGAAGGAGAGGGGGGACGAUAUUGAUUUGGAUACCACGUGUAAAUGCUGAUGGGCAGGACUCUGUGUGUGUGUGUGUGUGUGUGUG